AAUGCUGGUAUGCACUGGGUAUGGGAUGUAUGGCCUCGCCGUCGCUACCUGGGGGUCGUCUCGAAGUAUCAAUUCGGUUUAGCGUUGCCUCACAAUAUGGACCCUAUCUAUACCAUGAUAUCGAGCUUUAAAGUGAGGCAUCGUUGCACCAACACAUCGGCACCUGGGCGCUUAUCUCAUCAUGGGAUAUAAGAAUCGCUCGUCAUCACACAUGUAGAGUAGUCCAAAGCUAAAUCAAUCUUCUACGAUCCAACCAACUCCUUUUCAUCGAUCAACCCGACUGACAAUGAGGAACGACGAAGAUAUGGUAUUUGUCGACGCAAUCAACACGCCUUACGACGAUGGGUGCCAGGUCUCCACAGAAAGAAAGACUCGGAACGGUAUAGACACAGCGUAUGUAUACACGCCUCAAACUAAGGAUUCGAUCGAAACAGGAACUUCACGUAAUAAUGAGCUCAAUGCCACCCACGCAAGCGCUGCGGCGCAGAGUCCUCACACUGCCUUCAAGAGCAGACGGCCAAUAGUGUCCCUUGCAUCGAAGGACAAGCAAGACGAGGAGACGCUGCAAACCUCGAUGAGACCAAACACCGCAACCCUGUCCCACGAACCAAAAAUCACGAAGGCACCCUCUGCACCUGGUCCUGUCCCCAAUGCCAAUUUAGCACGAACAGCUCCCAGGUCAUCAAUGCCUGUGUCUACGAAUCAGGCGCCUACACCACUCGUGCACCGCAAUCCCCCCGCAUUCUCACCAAAGAACAUGAGGCCUUGUAAGAGCCCUUACAUUCCACCGCCACCACCUCAGGGGGCGCCACUCAGAUCAUCCUUACCUCCAGGUAUGGUUCCAUUUGAACAUGUUGGUGGUAUGCAUCCAGUUCCAACAGACCCCCUGAAUGGCUCUGAGAUCAUUACCUCCCACUCAGAACUCAUUCCUGUAGUCUACACAGACGACAACAGGCCCGAAGAGAAACUCGUGCGCACUAUAUUCAACAAGAGAAUAUACAUCACCUUCCACAACGCCGGCUCCUAUGACUUCGCCAAACACUCGUCACUCCUGCGCGCUGCCGAAAUCGAAGUCUGGUACCGCUGGCCGGCCGCGUCCGAUGAGUCACACAUGCUGUCCCUGUGCAAACGUGGCGAGCUUGCCAGCGCGACGGAGUACCUGAGCACCGAAGUCGAGGGCCGCUCCAUCUCGCCCCUGAACGCCAGCAUUACAAGAGUAUGGGCUAGUCACGUCUUUACGACUUGUACGCACACUGUGGCUAAUAAUUUGGAGAACACGUCGCUCGUAUACAUUGUCGUGCUCUCAGCAUACAUGGAUCUGGCUCCGGACUUUAGUGCACGAGGGCCGAGUCCGACAGAGAAGGUCUUCAAGGUACUGAGAUUCGGGAGCAGAGAGAGUGCGGCCGCCGAAGCAUUCUAUGCGUCAGGCGUUCAGGGGUGGGAUAUGGUGUUUUCAUGUGUUGUUAGGAGCGAUGCGCUGAGCGCUCUAGGCAAGGGCUUGGAUGUGAUUCGUGUUGAGAAGAUCCAUGAGUUGGCGAAUGUGGAUGAGAGAGAGGUCGGAGGAGAUUAUGUUAGGGCCUUCUAUUGAGUAUUGUGUGGUUGGCAUGUUGAGCUGGACCUCUCGUACACCUGUCUUAUUAUUUCGAGGGCGUUGCUGUCGAGUUGAAAACAAGUUGGAAAGACGUCGUGGAAGGUGGACGAUCAAAGGAAAAUUGGAAAUGGUGAUGGAACUCCAUCUUAACGCAUAUUUCAUUUGGAAAGGACAAUAGCUAGAGCUUUACUUAAAUUCCUAAAUGUCUAGAAUACUUGCGUCUCAUUCAUUGAACUAAGGCGAUUUUGAGGUCACUGGAG